AUAUUUAAGUUUACUGUUAUUAUUAUUAAUGGCUGUCAUGGACAUUAAAAGAAAAUUCCAGAACUUAUUAAGAAAACAGGAAUCUGUACAAUCUCCAGUAGAAGAUGAUAUAAAUCAUGACUUAUUUACCGGGGAACCUGCAGUUGCAAAGUACAAGCACAGCCAUGUGGUGAAUCCCCAUGAGGAGCAGGAAGUGUUAGAGAAUAUAGAAGAGGUGUAUUACAACAGCGAGGAUGUUGACACCAGCAACUACGAACUCCAGAAAGUGCCGGAGGAACCUGAUCUGGACCAGAUAGACAGGGACAGACAAAAACUGAGAAAACAACUACAAGUGGUUUCCAAGAAGGUGUCUGAUCUGGUGCUGCAGAACCAUCCUGCAUAUGCCACAGAGUUACAGAGGGUUAUGGAACUACAGAAAACACUGCAACUUGCUAGCAUCAUCUGUGCUAAUGGGCGCAGACAACUGUCCUGUGCAAGGAAGAGUUUUACUACUGCCAGCCUGAAGAUGUUGGCCAACUACAGAAAACGACAGCAGCUGAUUGGUCUGUUGAAGUCCCUGAGGACGAUAAAAACAUUGCAGCGCACAGAUCUGAGACUGAGGGAAAUGAUGGAGGAGGAGGAUUACUGCAGUGCUAUACAACUGUGUCUAGAAUGUCAGAAGGCUGCUAGCACGUUCAAACAUUUCACUUGUAUAAGUGAGUUGAGCUCCAAACUACAGGACACACUGGAGAUGAUCGAGGAACAGCUUGAUGUUGCACUGUCCAAGACGUGUAGUCACUUUGACAUCGUCCACUAUGAAAAAGUACAGAUAGCAUAUCGACUCCUUGAUAAAACUCAGACUGCCAUGGAUCAGCUUCACAUGCACUUCACCAGUGCCAUACAUAGCACAGCCUUCCAGAUUGUUCUGGGCUACGUGGAGCUGUGCUCUGGAACAGGAAAUUCAAACUUCCAGAAACGAUCCUAUGUAGAUCUUUGUAAGAAUAUUACACAAGAAAGUUUCAAACCAUGCUUGGUUGAUCUGUGCAAAGCAUUAUGGGAGGUUAUGAAGAGUUACCACAAAACAAUCCAGUGGCACGAGUCACAUGAUGAGGAGUUUAUUCGGGAGUCAGGUGUGGAUGUGGACAUCACACUAAAGAUGAAGUAUAUACGCCAGAAGCUUGACCAUGGUUUGACUCGCAUAUGGCAGGAUGUCCAGCAAAAGGUCAAGAUUUAUAUUUUAGGUACAGACAUGGCAAACUUCAAACUAGAAGAUUUCAUACGAGUGUUGGACCUCGUCAACAGAUUGAUAGAGAUUGGAGAGGAAUUUUGUGGCAGCAAAUCAGAAGGUCUCCAGGACUCCCUUAAACAACAGAGUCUUAACUAUUUCAAAAACCACCACAGGUAUCGUAUGGAUGAACUUGGAAUGUUCCUGGAGAAUGAAGGAUGGGAAAUCUGUCCUGUCAAAUCCAAUUUUACUCUGUUACAGUUGUUGGAAUUCAGGUUCAUGCGGAGUUGGACUCGCUCUCCGACCACCAACUCUCUGGUGAACUCUAAACAGAAUGGAGAAGAGGAGGAAUCCUUGCCAAAUGGACAUGAUAUAGAAAGGGAGCAUUACUUUGAUCAAUACAAAGAUGAGGGCAGCCCCUUUGAUGUCCAACCUGAUGAGGAAGAAAAUGAAGACGUAUUUUCAGGAAGCUGGGACGAUGAAGAUGGUGGAGGCAGCGACACAGACUCAGACGAGCCUGAUGAACUCAAACAGGAUUAUAUUGAUGAACUCACUGGGGAGGCACAGUCAAAUCGGCAAUACAGAAGAAGAAUAUCAAGAAACAAAAAUCAGAGACACAUUCCUAUUGUGACUAAUACAACUCUCAAUGUACUGAGGGUGAUAGGUAAAUAUAUGCAGAUGAUGACCGUCCUUAAACCGAUUGCAUUUGACGUGAUCAGCUGUAUGUCCCAACUAUUUGAAUAUUACCUCUACACAGUACAUAUAUUCUUCGGAGCAGAUACAUGGGUGAUGAAUGAGCGAUCCCUGAACAACAGACUGCACAUGACACUACAGAGAAUUCGGAAUAAUAUGAUAGCCGAGAUGCCUGUUCCUGGAGCUCCUCCUACUGACCCAGAGAAUGGCAGAGACAGGAUCCCCCAGCCACACCUCUCCCCCAUUGUAGACCUAAGUGGAAGUGGCCGUCUGUUUGGGUUGGCUGAGAGAGUAGUUGCUGCAGAGUCUUUAGUUUUCCUGGCCAGCCAAAUGGAGCUUUUGUAUCCACACCUGGAAGCUAUGAUUCCUGGCAACAAAAAAGUAUUCCUCCAACAGUUCUUCUCUCAGACAGUUAAGAUGGCUGUGGAGCUACGGAAACCAGUGUACUGGACCGUGUCUGUUCAGGCAGUGGACUACGAUAACAUCUUACACCACAUGUCAGGGGUCAAGUGGGAUGUCAAGGACAUCAUGUCACAACACAACUCUUAUGUCGAUGUCAUGCUUAAGAGUUUGGAGCAGCUGUCAGUAAGAUUAGUGGAUAUCAACAGAAGAGUACCUAUACCAAAAAUUGUUUAUGACCUUAUCUGGGAACAUUGUGUGCGACUCGCAAACCGGACAAUUGUUGAAGGGUAUGCUGGUGCUAAAAAGUGCAGUAAUGAAGGCAGAGCUUUGAUGCAGUUAGAUUUUCAGCAGUUCCUGUCUAAACUUGAGACCAUCGUAGACCUAAGACCUAUCCCUGAGAGAGAAUAUGUGGAGGCAUAUAUCAAAGCUUACUACCUACCAGAGAGUCAGAUGGAAUCGUGGAUACUGGAUCACAAAGAAUACUCCAACAAGCAAUUGCUGUCACUCAUCAAUUCAGUCGACCAUAUCAACAAAAAGGCACGCCAGAGACUUAAUGCCAUUGUGGAAGACAUUGAUCGUCAACGUAGAUAACGUCAUGCUCCAACAAACACUUCACUCACACCAGAAGCUCCAACACAUUCCGAGAAGGACGGUUGUUAUAUCAUAUUAAUAGACCUUAUUCUACACGAUCCAUUAGAAUCAGACCAGAUAUCACUUUUUGUCCUAUUAGCUUACAGUAGAUACUGUCAUCUUCAGAAUUUAUAGAUUAUAUAUCUGAAACUGAGUUGGGUAUUUUGCAUGCUCCAAAUUCAUAUUAAGCUCACAUUAUGUUAACUCUCAUGCCUGUAAGUUCAGGUCUGUCCAUCUUAUAUUAAUUGUACAUAUAUAUAUGAUUUACGUCUGAAAACAGCUGUGAUAUAAUCUGAUGAAAUCUUGUGUACUACCAGAUAGUACAGUGGCAGGUGCAGUAACCUUGUUAUUUGACUUUGUUAUAAAUCAAUGGCAGAUUUUUAAGAGAUAAAUGAUGAGCUAGUUUUGGUAUAUAAAUAUUGUCUGUUACAUAGAUUAAAUUAUAGUUAAUAUGUAGUGUUAUAAAGUGUAUCACACUCAGAGAUUCUGUUGUUACAGCAUAUAGUUAUGGGGAUAGUGUACAGUAUACAAAAUUCCUGCUAAAUGUAUCUGUCCUGGGCAGACUUUUUGUAUGCUAGCAUUACACUUCACACUUGAUGUCAUUCAUUUAUAAAAAAACUGUUCAUCCACUGUAAUGGACUCUAAUAUGUGGUGCCUGAUGGGACCACAACAUACAACAAAAUAGUUUUUCAUUGUCAAAUUGGUGAUUCAUUAACACAGAUAUGAAAAGUUUUAUAUCCCAACAUACUUCUAAAAAUCCAUUAACAAUAUCACAUCCAAAAGUAAUGUUGUUUCAUGAAGUCAAUAUUUGUGUCUACAUUGAGCAUUGAGUGUAAAGACAGGGAAGGACGCCAUCACUGUUACAUCAGAUUUUAAAAUGAACUGUACCCCAAUACAUGUGUCUGUAACUUGUAACAUGUUAUAAUUAUGUUAUGUAAAUUAUAGAACUGUGAA